CGGGCGCGGCGGCGUACACGCGAGCCGCUCUUUGCAGAGCGGGAGUUGCCUUGUUAGGGAGCCCGGGCAUUUAUUCCAUUGUGGGGAUCCGCCUUUGCCUGUGGUUUCUGUGGAAGUGACAUUUUUAGUUUCUGACCGACGUCACUUCGCGGCGCUACGUGAUAAAGGUCGCUGGAUAUACUUACGCCCGAAGGGUCGUCGGCUGCCGCUCAACCGCUGGUCUGCCUAUCGUUGAGCCUCAUUCACAAUGACGUCGCUGAACCCGGUGCACGUGCUGCGCGGCGGCGCCGAGGAGGAGAAGGCCGAGAUCGCGCGGCUCUCCAGCUUUGUGGGCGCCAUCGCCAUCGGCGACCUGGUCAAGUCGACGCUCGGCCCCAAGGGCAUGGACAAGAUCCUCAUCUCGGUUGGCCGCAGCGAGGGCAAGGUGGAGGUGACCAACGACGGGGCGACGAUCCUGAAGAACAUCGGCGUCGAUAAUCCAGCGGCGAAGGUGCUGGUCAACAUGGCGUGCGUGCAGGACGACGAGGUGGGCGACGGCACCACCUCCGUCACCGUGCUGGCCUCCGAGCUGCUGAAGGAGGCCGAGAAGCUGGUGGGCAUGAAGCUGCAUCCACAGAACAUCAUUGCCGGGUGGCGUAAGGCCACUGACGUGGCGCGCCGCGCCCUCGCCGAGUCCACCGCCAACCACGGCUCGGACCCGGAGCGGUUCCGCCAGGAUCUGAUGAACAUCGCCCGGACCACGCUCGGCUCCAAGAUUCUGGCGCAGCACAAGGACUUCUUUGCCGGGCUGGCGGUGGACGCCGUGCUGCGGCUUAAGAGCUCCGGCAACCUGCAGGCCAUCCAGAUCCUCAAGGUCCAGGGCAAGACGCUGCGGGACUCGUUCCUCGACGAAGGCUUCAUCCUGAACAAGAAGAUCGGCGUGCACCAGCCGAAACGGAUCGAGAACGCGCGUAUUCUGAUCGCCAACACGCCCAUGGACACGGAUAAGAUCAAGGUGUUCGGUUCGCGCGUCAAAGCUGAAUCAACGGCGCGCGUGGCCGAGUUGGAGGUGGCCGAGAAAGAGAAGAUGAAGGACAAGGUGGAGAAGAUUGUCCAGCACGGCAUCAACGUGUUCAUCAACAGGCAGCUGAUCUACAACUACCCGGAGCAGCUGUUCGCCGACUCGGGCGUCAUGGCCAUUGAGCAUGCCGACUUUGACGGCAUCGAGCGGCUGGCGCUGGUCACCGGCGGCGAGAUCGUCUCGACAUUCGACCACCCGGAACUGGUCAAGCUCGGCGAGUGCAAGCUCAUUGAGGAGGUGUUCGUCGGCGAGGAGAAGAUGCUCAAGUUCUCGGGCGUGCCGCUCGGGGAGGCGUGCACGGUGGUGUUGCGCGGCGCCACCCAGCAGAUCCUGGACGAGGCCGAGCGGUCGCUCCACGACGCGCUCUGCGUGCUCACGUCCACCGUCAAGGAGACGCGCACCGUGUUCGGCGGAGGCUGCAGCGAGACGCUGAUGGCCGUGGCUGUGCUAGCCGAGGCGGCGCGCACCGCCGGCAAGGAGGCCGUCGCUAUGGAGGCGUAUGCGCGCGCCCUGCUCCAGCUGCCUACCAUCAUCGCCGACAACGGCGGAUACGACUCGGCGUUGCUGGUCAGCCAGCUGCGCGCCGGCCACACGCAGGGCGAGCGUCGACUCGGCAUUAACAUGGCUUCGGGCACGGUGGGCGACAUGGAGGAGCUGGGAAUCACCGAGUCGUUCAUGGUCAAGCAGCAGAUGGUGGCCUCUGCGUCCGAAGCCGCCGAGAUGAUCUUACGCGUCGACGACAUCAUCAAGGCAGCGCCGCGCAAGCGGGUGGACGAUCGGGGUCACUGCUAGUGCCCGGCGGGGCCGCUAGGGCGGCGCCACAUGCGCUCCCUCCAGCACUCACUGGUUCCAGCCUGGUCCGUAUGUGAUUGACACAAUACUUUGUCCUUGUUUCAUUAACGAUUUUCAGUUGCUGAUCAAUACAAUAAUUCAAGUCC